AUGGAGUUCAGGAACUUGUCCUUUGGAAGUGGCUUCAUCUUGGUGGGGAUUCUGGAUGACAGUGGCUUUCCUGAACUGCUCUGUGCCACUAUCACAGUACUCUACAUGUUGGCUUUGACCAGCAAUGGACUGCUGCUCCUGGUCAUCACCAUGGAUGCCCGGCUGCACGUGCCCAUGUAUCUCCUCCUUGGGCAGCUCUCUCUCAUGGACCUCCUCCUGACAUCAGUCAUUACACCAAAGGCUAUCAUGGAUUUUCUUCUGAGAGAUAACACUAUCUCCUUCGGAGGUUGUGCCCUCCAGAUGUUCCUGGAACUGGCAAUGGGUGGUGCAGAGGACCUUCUUCUAGCCUUCAUGGCCUAUGACAGGUAUGUGGCGAUUUGUCAUCCUCUGAACUACAUGAUCUUCAUGAGGCCAAGGGUCUGCUGGCUCAUGGUGGCCACAUCAUGGAUACCAGCAGUCCAAAUGUCCCUGGCAUUUACCAUCAACACCAUGUGGUAUCCUUUCUGUAAAUCCCGGCAGAUCAGACAUCUGUUCUGUGAGAUGCCUCCCUUGCUGGAGCUGGCCUGUGCAGAUACUUCUAGUUAUGAGCUUGUGGUUUAUUCGGCAGGUGUGCUCAUGUUAAUUCUCCCUCUUACUGCCAUCUUUUUCUCUUAUGCACGAAUUCUGUUCACUGUUCUCCACAUGCCCUCAAAUGAGGGCAGGAAGAAAGCCCUUGUUACCUGCUCUUCACACAUGACUGUCGUGGGCAUGUACUUUGGGGCCCUCACAGUCAUGUAUGUUCUACCCAGCUCCUACCACAGUCCCAAGCAAGACAAUAUCCUCUCUGUUUUCUACACAAUUGUCACCCCAGCUCUGAACCCCCUCAUCUACAGCCUGAGGAAUAAGGAAGUGACUGGGGCUUUGAGGAGAGUUCUGAGAAAUACUCGUUGUCAUCAUCAUGUACACUCAAGGUAG